CACCGCUAGAGGCAGAGAGAGAGAGAGCCCCACAGCUCAUACCACCUACAUAAAAUACUGUACUGUGUAUUUACAGCCCACCAUCACCACCGAGGCAAAAUGUCCAGAACGCCAUGCAGGAGAAGCCCCUCUUCGAACGCGGGCCAGGUACCCGCAACGGACCGAAUCGGGUUGUGCGCGCGCCUUCCCUUUCCCAAGGGCUUGUUUUCCCCAAGUGCGAGACAAUCCUUGGAAUCCUUUUUGUGCGUCCUGUGGUCUCGCCAUCCACAUGUUGCAACCAUCACGGAUCAUCAGCCCACCUCAUCUCCCCCUCCCGACGCGCACGGAAAUGCCACCGACGGACCUCUCCUCGCUUAUCAUCGAUCCCGUCAAAACCAGGCAGGAAAGGAAGACUAUGUGGGAAAGGAGAGGAAGAGGUGGAGGAGAGAUAUACUAUUAUUGUACACACCGGACGCUGUCCGAUAGUGGGAAAACAAGAAGUCACGAUCGUCCGCCAACGUCCACUACCACAGUCCACGGGUACAGCGCAGUAUACAGUAUACAUUCACAAACGCCGCCGCCGCCCGCCGCUGUAGAUCUCUUUCCUUCCCUUCCCACCACACCCACACCGCACGGCCGUACCCAUGCUUGCGCAAUGCUCCCAACGUCCUCCAUCGAUCCAUCCCAUCCGCCGCAAAGCGUGCCGUGUCUGGGAAUAGUAAACAUACGAAACAUUGCGAUCAUCCAUGCCGACUCUCCCGGAAUCAUACCGUAGCAGCAGCACGUUCGCGCCGGGACAUGGACGACAAGGUUUAGGACCGCAUUUGCUGAUCGAUGCCGGGGACUUCGCGCGAUGAUGCAUAUCCAUACACACAAACCCAUACAUACGUACGUACAUGCAUGCACACAGUCCCUACAGCUUGCCCUUA